UUACCCCUCCAUCAUGGAUCCCCUCCACGCUCCGCCCUCGAUCACGCAAUUCCCUUACCGCCUUCAGAUGGAUCUCUGAUGGAUCCAGAUUCCAGAAGGACCUGGGCAUGGUGAACCAUGAUCUGGAACUGGAUUAGAACCACAUCCCCUUCUCCACGGCUCAGCAUCGACAUUUCCCAUCCGAGAAAAUACUUCUAUCAAUCUCCCUCUGAAUUCCUCCCCCAGAUUCCCCUCCCAGAAACCACGUUUAUCGGCCGGUUUCAGCUGAGAAAUGCGUGGCUCGGCCGAUAGCUUGGUGCUGUACCGCCAAUAGAGAUCACUGCUGAUGGCGCAAUUUUCACACAUCAUUGUUGCUGUG